AGAUACACUGGGUGCAACUCUAGAUCCCGUACGUUCCUACCCGCUCCGGUAAAAGAGAGAGACUCUUUCUCUCUCUCUAUCCGAACAACAAAGAAAGAAGAACCGAAACUCAUACGAAACGCAUUGAAAACGAAACGGAAAGUGAUCCAAUGGCGGAUCCAAUUCCAUCAGCACCGCACAGAUCCAACACCGACUUCUUCUCCGACCCCCUCGACUCCCACCCCCUCUGGUUCAAGCCCGCGCUCUUCCUCUCCCCGGACUUCGACUCCGAGGCCUACAUCUCCGACCUCCGAACCUUCGUCCCCUUCGACACCCUCCGAUCCGAGCUCCAGUCCUAUCUCGCCUCCCUCAACCACGACCUCAUCGACCUCAUCAACCGCGACUACGCCGACUUCGUCAACCUCAGCACCAAGCUCGUCGACGUCGACUCCGCCGUCGUGCGCAUGCGGGCCCCGCUCCUGGAGCUCAGGGAGAAGAUCGACCAGUUCAGAGGCUCCGUGCAGGGCUCGCUUGUGGCGCUGACCAAUGGAUUGAAGCAGAGAUCCGAGGCCGCCGAGGCUAGGGAGAUCUUGGAGCUUCUGCUCGAUACGUUUCACGUCGUCUCCAAGGUUGAAAAACUAAUAAAGGAGUUGCCUAGUGUGCCUGCCGAUUGGUCAAACGGAGAUGUAAAUUUAGCAGAGAAGAAUUUUAUCAGCAACGGGACUACCGAGAAUGGGACAAAUCUCAGAGAUACUCAAAGCAUGCUUUUGGAGAGAAUUGCCAGUGAGAUGAAUCGCCUCAAGUUCUAUAUUGCUCAUGCACAGAACCUGCCUUUCAUUGAAAACAUGGAGAAGAGGAUCCAGGGUGCUAGCCUAUUAUUAGAUGCCAGCCUGGGACAUUGUUUUGUAGAUGGACUGGAACAUCGAGAUGCAAAUGCAAUUUACAAUUGCUUAAGGGCAUAUGCUGCCGUUGAUAAUACUAGGAGUGCAGAAGAACUUUUCCAAACAACCAUUGUGGCUCCAUUAAUACAAAAAGUUAUUCCACAUGGGGCAUCAUGGGCGGAUGGAAAGCCAUCUGGAGAUGAACUUGAGAAUGACUAUCAGCAAAUUAAGCAAUGCAUUCAGAAAGACUGCAAAUUUUUGUUGGAAAUUUCUUUUGAAGAAAAUUCUGGUUUGCACGUGUUCGACUUCUUGGCAAACUCAAUUCUCAAAGAGGUUCUUUCAGCAAUCCAAAAGGGGAAACCUGGUGCUUUUUCACCUGGACGACCAACGGAAUUUUUGAAAAAUUAUAAAUCAAGCCUCGAGUUCUUGGCUCAUCUAGAAGGCUACUUUCCGUCCAGAGCAGCUGUUAGUAAAUUUCGAGCAGAAGCCGUUUAUAUUGAGUUCAUGAAGCAAUGGAACCUUGGGGUUUAUUUCUCUUUGAGGUUUCAGGAGAUUGCGGGUGCUCUAGAUUCUGUACUUGCGGCGACUAGUCUUGUCCCUGUUCAUAAUAUACCUUCUGGUCAAGGAGAUUCUCCAGACUUGACAUUAAAACAAAGUGCUACUCUGUUAGAGUGCUUGGAAUCCUGUUGGAGAGAAGACGUUGUUGUUCUUUCUUAUUCUGACAAGUUUCUUCGCUUAUCCUUGCAGCUUCUUUCAAGAUACUCAAGUUGGUUGUCAUCUGGACUAGCUGCUCGGAAGAGGGGUAAUACCGGCUCCAAUCCUGGCUGUGAAUGGGCUAUUUCAACUGUACCAGAUGAAUUUAUUUAUAUUAUUCAUGACAUCAAUUGUCUUCACACAAGGGUUUGUGGUGACUUUCUCGAACAUGUACUUGAGCUUCUUUCAUCAUGUUCUGCCGAUAUACUUGAUCAUGUAAAACAGAGCAUUUUACACGGAGGAAAAGCAUUGGAUGCAUUAGUACCUGCCAUUAUCAACACUAUUGUGGAGACUCUGGUUGAGAAGUCGGUUGAGGACUUGAGGCAGCUAAAGGGAAUAACAGCAACGUACAGGAUGACUAAUAAACCUCUUCCUGUCAGACACUCACCGUAUGUGUCGGGAGUAUUACGUCCCCUGAAGGUCUUUUUGGAUGGGGAGCGAGCUUCAAGGUACCUGAAAGAAGAUGCUAAGAAUGAACUUGUGCUUAGUGCUGCGACUGAGAUUACUGGUCGUUAUUAUGAGUUGGCUGCUGAUCUCGUCAGUGUGGCUAGGAGAACAGAGACUUCACUCCAGAGAAUAAGGCAAGGUGCACAAAGAAGAGGUGGAGCAAACGCAGAUGUCUUGGAUCACAAUGUGUCCGACACUGACAAGAUUUGCAUGCAAUUAUUCCUAGACAUUCAGGAGUACGGCCGUAACCUGGCAGUCCUCGGUGUAGAUGCUGCCAAUAUCAAAUCGUACCGCUCAUUGUGGGAAUGUGUUGCUCCUGCAGACAGGCGAAGUGUGAUUAAUUUUUAGAGUUUUUGGGUGUUUGGCCUUGAGCCAUUUGUAGAUGUACUUUACUUUUUAGUCUCAAAGUAGUUGAGAAAUGCAUCUUUAUGUAUUAUUGAUUUAUUGUAACGUUUGGUUAUUAAACAUUAAUCGAAUAUCAUACAUUAAUACUUGUUAGAA